AUUUAUCUGUCAUUUAACUAAAAAAAAAAUCAAUAAAAAAACGGAUUUGACUCACAUUUGGCGCAUUUUCAUCCACUUUCCUGAAAACAAAAAAUAAACUUGGAGGAUUUUUCCCUUUUUCCCUUUCCAAAUGAUUCUGGUGGUCUUGGAUAGGAUGUGAUAUACGAAUAUUUGCCUUUGCCAACGCACGAGGCUCCUCUCUCAAGGCAUUCCGUAGGACAAAAUCACAUUUCAAGGAAAUAAGCAUCUUGAAAUCCGCACUGGGCUGUGAGUAGAAAUCUAAUCAGAUCGGGUGCGUAAAGGAGGAAGAAAAGUUCGGUUUUAAACCAUGUCUGUGGAAUAAGAACAUCAGCGGUCUGCGUUUAUGGUCUGUUGAAGAUUGGGAUGAAGAAGAAGAUGCAGGGAAUGGUCCAUCUCAGGGAUAAACCCCAUCUAGAUGCGUAUUGGCUGAAUUUGAAACCCCAAAUCUUUGUUGUUAAACGCCAAGAAUGAAUGGCAAAACCAGGAAGACGACGAAUUAAUUGAUUUAUCAGCAGGAAAAAAGAUUUGGUACACCGGAUUUUGAUGAUGCGGGGCAAGAAAGCAUCGAGAUAUCUGCUCUAGAGGCACUCGUCCAUAUCAUGGCACCGACAGGAAGACCGAAUGGAUAUACAGGAGCGAAUUUCUUCUCAUAGAAGCUUGUGAAUGCAAAACUGCUCUUGGAUAGCUUGGAUAGCCCAAAGUACACGCUGAAGAACAUCUCGUUCGUUGCUUGAGAAUUGCAGAUGGAUUUUCGUGCUUUGGAAGCGAACGGAACGGUGAUUUUGCCAGCAAUUUGAACCUCACAGAUUGAGAAAGGCGAAGCCAGCUAGCGAAACUGAGCGUGAAGAUGUCCAGAAACUGCUGGCACUGUGGAAGAAUUGGCAGUUUGGCCUAAUAAAACCCUUCCCAAAGAGUGGAGAACCUGUCAGCGAAUUAUGAAUGAUAAACAAGAUGACCUCCUCCCUGAUGCAGCAGACGAUGAGAGGUCCUAGGUGGAAUCGGGCCCUGUCCGACCCAUUGUUCGUGCUGUCGCUGGCCCUGCAGCUUCUGGUGGUGGCUGGCCUGGUGCGAGCACAGACAUGCCCCUCUGUCUGCUCUUGUAGCAACCAGUUCAGCAAGGUCAUCUGUACGCGGCGUGGCCUUCGAGAUGUACCCGAUGGUAUUUCUACCAACACAAGGUACCUGAACCUUCAGGAGAACCUCAUCCAGGUGAUCAAGGUUGACAGCUUCAAGCAUCUAAGGCACUUGGAGAUCCUGCAGCUCAGCAAGAACCACAUCCGCAACAUUGAAAUCGGAGCUUUCAAUGGGCUGGCCAACCUCAACACUCUAGAGCUGUUCGAUAAUCGUCUAACCACAAUCCCCAAUGGGGCUUUCGAGUACCUGUCCAAACUUAAAGAGCUUUGGUUGAGGAAUAACCCUAUCGAGAGUAUACCCUCUUAUGCCUUCAACCGCGUAACAUCGCUACGAAGGCUGGACUUGGGUGAGCUGAAAAGGCUCUCGUAUAUCUCAGAAGGUGCCUUUGAAGGCCUCAGCAACCUGCGUUACCUGAACCUGGGCAUGUGCAACUUGAAGGAGAUCCCCAACCUCAUUCCUCUUGUCCGUUUGGAUGAGUUAGAGAUGUCAGGAAACCAGCUGUCUGUAAUUAGGCCUGGGUCUUUUAAAGGCCUUGUCCACUUACAAAAACUGUGGAUGAUGCAUGCGCAGAUCCAGACGAUUGAGAGAAAUGCCUUUGAUGAUCUUCAGUCCCUCGUGGAGCUCAAUUUGGCCCAUAAUAACCUUACCCUCCUACCCCAUGACCUCUUCACCCCACUACACCACUUGGAGAGGGUGCACUUGCAUCACAACCCCUGGAACUGCAACUGUGACAUCCUCUGGCUCAGUUGGUGGCUAAAGGAAAUGGUACCGGCCAAUACCAGUUGCUGUGCCCGCUGUGCAUCACCUACCAGCCACAAAGGGCGCUACAUUGGCGAACUCGACCAGAACCAUUUCCAUUGUUAUGCACCAGUGAUCGUGGAGCCACCAGCAGACCUGAACGUGACUGAGGGCAUGGCAGCAGAACUGAAAUGUCGAGCGAAUUCUUUGACCUCAGUCAGCUGGAUCACGCCCAAUGGGUCCCUCAUGAUGCACGGGGCAUACAAGAUACGCAUUUCCGUGCUCAAUGAUGGGACUUUAAACUUCACCAACGUCACAAUGCAGGACACGGGAAUGUACACUUGUAUGGUGAGCAACUCUGCAGGCAACACGACAGCCUCGGCUACACUCAACGUGUCCUCGACAGAGAACAGCAGCUUCAGUUACUUCACUACAGUUACUGUGGAGACCACAGAAGCGACACAUUAUGAGGGUCACCCUACGGUACAGCAGAAGGGUGGCCCUACUCCUUCUUCUGGAAUUUGGGAGACCUUAUCACCUUCCUUCACCACCACCACAACCACAACAACAGCACGGACACAACUGUCCACCAAGGCCACCGACAAAACCUAUACCAUCCCUGUCACAGCCCUGAUUGACGGAUCCCUCAACACCUUGGAUGAGGUCAUGAAGACCACAAAGAUCAUUAUAGGUUGCUUUGUGGCCAUCACCCUGAUGGCGGCCGUCAUGCUGAUCAUAUUUUAUAAAAUGCGCAAACAGCAUCACCAGCAGAACCACCACGCACCGACGCGAACCAUCGAGAUUAUCAACGUGGACGAGGAUUGUGUAACGGGUGGACCUAACAUGGAGGGCCACCUCACCCUCCCCCAACUGGAGCAUGAGCACCUGAAUCAUUACAACGCCUACAAGACUGCGUACAACCAUGCCUCCACCAUCAAUUCUAUACACAGCUCUGUCCAUGAACCUUUACUAAUUCGGGCCAGCUCAAAAGACAAUGUACAAGAAACCCAGAUCUGAACUGCUUUUCAUAAUGGGGAUUAAACAAAGAAAAAAAAGACUUCUAAAACUCUUAAGGAACAGUAAGUGACAUAUCGAUUUUGAAGAUUGUCGAAAACAAAGACACAGUAGCCCAAUGCAAGACGUAUGAGAAGGAUGUGGACAGGUAGACAAGGACAUUGGGAGUUGAGUGUACGUCAACAGUUUCAAAAGUGUCUUUGCAUAACAGAAGUUAUUUAUUUAAGGGAAAUAACUAUUGUGGUUUAAUCAAGAAAAGAUGUAAUCUGCAAUUAUUUUUCCAGCAAUUAUUUCUCCAUGUUUUUAAUGUUAUUUUAAGGGGUGUUGGUUUACUAAUAUGCUUUUAAACUCUGUUUAAAUCUAUCGCUCUGUAUGUGAGGACCCACGUCAUUUGCAGAUGAAUCUGAAACUUUCCAUCUUUCUGAAAUCUCAAGAUUCACAUUUAAUGGUGAUACUUUUAAAAUCUUAGGUUACAGACUGUCAUAUUAGAAAACUUCCACACCAUAAUUGUUUAAAUUGAUCAUGUUAAUUCUAAAUGAUUCAUUUCUUGACUCUCCUCAAUUGCUGAUAUUUGGCAAUAUCACAUUGUUUAGUUAUCCUUGCUGAAAAAGAGGCUUUUUAAAUCAUAUUAGGCAGGUUUGCUGGUCGUAGUUGGCCUCCCAGCCUGGUCAGGUCCGUCUGUUGGCUGAUUUUAGAGUGGUUUUGGGCACUUUAACUGGAAAGGCUGGAAGACGAGCUUAGAACAGCUAUUUUUUUCAACAGGGAUGGCUGCUACAAAUUAGAUGCAGAUGUAUACCUGGCUUCUCCACCCUAAAAUUUAGAACAAGGAGCCCUGGAAACGUGUCCCCAUUUAAAACUGGGCAAAAUGUAAGGAACACUUGUCUAUUUGACGCAUGCAGGGCAAUUUAAAAUAAUUUCUGUCACGAUUUAUGGAUUAAGUUAGCAUUUUGGGAUGGCCCACAUGCUCUUAAAUACAUGUUGAGGGAUCUCAAGUUCUUAAAACUUUUUUCUGAAUUUUUAUUCUCAUAUAACGUAAGAUUAUGUGUUCCUGUGGCAUUUCAUCCUUGAUACCAUACUAAAGUUUCCCAAUACUCAUACACAGAUGCAGCACACUCAUUCUAUGUCAAAUUCUAUAGGGGCAGGGGGCUGAAGAUUGUUGGUCUUUAUUUGAAGGCUGACAGAGUGGAAAUGUGGCGAAAGCAUAGAGCUGGUACUGACAUAGCACCAUUUCCAUUUCAACGCAUUUGUCUUCAUGCUCACCAUGGAUACAGUUGAAUGAAUUCAUUCUGGAAUGGUCUAAAAGCCGGGCAUUGAACCCUAAAUAAGUGGGCAAAGUCAGUGCAGCUCAGAUCUAAAGCUUCCAAAGAUGCCACAGAUGUGUCUUUAUAGAUUGUGAACCGAUUGUGUUUUUCCCCCCUCUCACUAUUUCUCUUUCAUAUUCUAUCUUCCAUCAUUCUGCACUGCCAAUCUUUUUAGGCAGUUAUGCAACUCUUUUUCUUUUUAACUUUUAAAUCUUAUUCAGUCACUUUAGUUUAUUUUCGUUACAGACUGAGGAUGAUACAUCCAUCUUCGGCUUUACACACGCAGUAGCCUUUGGCUGCAGGGGGAAUGACUUGGCAUUAUGAAUUAAUUUAUGAAAUCAGAAUGGACGGAGACGGUCACUAUAGCAACCAAUGACCUUGGACAGGUUGGGGGGUGCGGGGCAGGGGGUAGACGAUAGACACUGGUUUGAUGCUUUAAAUGUAUUCAGAGUCAAAUGGGAGAGCGAGGCUGGGUGAAAGAGCCAAAGUGGACUCAUUUGAAGUGCAUCAUUUAAAAUUUAAAGCAAUCUAGAGGUCUAUAGGUAAUAUGAAUUAAGCCAAUAAGCCUGUGACAUUUUAUUCAGAUUCGUAGCAUUUCGUUUUGGCCGUUCAUAGUUCAUGCAAAGCACACAGGAGACUGACAAGGAGAUUUGUCUCUUGCAUUUCUGCUCUUAAUACAGAUGUCGACUGAUACCAUGUGGCAUUUGAUGAACUUUUCCGUAUCAUAUUUUGAUCACACACCAGAUGCACUCUAAUUUUUAAAGAUCUGAUGCAAUUAUGCUUGUCAGCUUUGCUAUUUCAGAUCAUUACGAAAAAGUUUUUGAGUGUACCUCCUGCCCACUAGAAGCAAAGGCCAUCUGGUACAUUUUCUAAUCAAGAUAUCAAAGCAUGCAAAAAAAAGACUGUUCUUCAUCUGAAUAUGCUGCUCUUUCGAAUCUUAAUUAAUUUCCUUGUACUUCUGAAUUUAGUUUGCAUUGUCACUGAAACUGAUGUCAAUCUCAACAUAAAGCGAAAAUUGUUUUUAAUCAAUGGAGUUUAGCACAAAAGUAAACCAAGUCAUUGGGUUUUCAGUUGCAUUUUAUUUAUUUUAAGAA